UUCAAUGCCGCUGCAAGACAGUGGGUCCCGUAUGCGGUCUUCCCGUCCCCUCUGAUAUAUUUCCCUCACAAUUAGGUUUCUUCGCCUACGAAUUGGAGCCCUUCGCCGACGUGCGCGCCUUCCUCCGACCGUUCCUCUUCCUUUAAUUCAUCUCUUUCUCGGCUCUCUCCCAAACGAGGAGGAAUCUUUUGGUUCGAAAACGUAGAUCCAUCUCUCCUUUUGAUCACUGAUUUCGAGAUAAUAGUUCUGGAAGGAGUGUUUUUGGAAGGAAGCUUUGGCUGCUGCAGCUAACGUGCCCCUCGAUUAGUGUCUUCCUGGUUCAUCAAUAGCAUUAUUCAACAUCAAAAGGUUGAUUUGGUUUGACUGCCGGGGGAUGAAUUGCUUUUCUUGUAUAUUUAAAAAGAGAAAUACUUCAGGGGAACAGAUUGUUCGGGAUCAUGGAGAUAUUCCCGGGAUUGAGAAUGUGAGGAUCUAUACUUACAAGGAGUUGAGAAGUGCCACUGAAGAUUUUAGCUCUGCUAAUAAAAUUGGUGAGGGAGGUUUUGGUUCUGUGUUCAAGGGAAAGCUUAAAGAUGGGACAGUUGUUGCUAUAAAGGUGCUCUCCUCUGAGUCAAGACAAGGAGUACGAGAGUUUUUGAAUGAACUCACAGUGAUCUCCACUAUAGUGCAUGAAAACCUGGUUAGGUUGUAUGGUUGCUGUGUGGAGGGUGGGGAAAGAAUUCUGGUCUACAAUUUCCUUGAGAAUAACAGCCUUGCACAAACUCUUCUUGGUGGAGGCUGCAGUAACAUCCAGUUUAGCUGGAGAACACGAUGUAAUAUUUGUAUUGGUGUCGCUCGAGGGCUUGCAUUCCUUCAUGAAGAAGUCCGGCCCCAUAUUGUGCAUCGGGAUAUUAAAGCAAGUAAUAUUCUUCUUGAUAAGGAUCUUACACCUAAAAUUUCAGAUUUUGGUUUAGCAAAGCUUUUGCCGGCAAAUAUGACCCAUGUCAGCACUAGGGUGGCAGGGACAAUUGGUUAUUUGGCACCUGAGUAUGCAAUACGUGGACAAUUGACAAGGAGGGCUGAUAUUUACAGCUUUGGUGUUCUUCUAUUGGAGAUAGUCAGUGGAAGAUGUAACACAAACACAAGACUACCUUAUGAAGAUCAAUUUCUCCUUGAAAGGACAUGGACACUAUAUGAGCGCAGUCAGCUGGUGAGAAUUGUAGACACGUCCCUGAAUGAUGACUUUAAUGCUGAAGAGGCAUGCAGGUUCUUGAGGGUCGGCCUCCUAUGCACACAAGACGAUCCAAAACUCCGUCCCUCUAUGUCUACUGUUGUCAAGAUGCUGAGGGGUGAGAGAGAUGUCGAGCUGGAGAUCACAAAGCCUGGCCUAAUCUCAGACUUCAUGGACCUCAAAGUAAAAAAGCAGAAGCCUGAUGAAGAAAACACAUCCCUUUGCUUGACUGCACUGGAGGGCUCACCCUUGUCCUCAGAGAGCACCACACAUGCAACCAUGUCCUUCACUGCAAUUACAGAUCAUAGCUGAAUCAACCAAGGGAUCAAAGAAAAAAAAAAUUAAGGGAAAAAAGAGAGAGAUCCUUUUAGUAUCAAUUGUUACUGAUACGUCUCAUGUAAUACUUGCAAUUUUGUUCUGUUUGCUUGUUUCUUGUGUAUCGGUACGUAUGCAAGCUUGUAUAUAUGCAGACUGUGAAUUAGAGCUGAGAAACUCAUGGGAGGGUGGAAAACUAGUAGCAAAUACUAGUGAAAUAUGCAUUAAUUUUUUCAUUGAUUUAUAUGA